UUGGAAAGACUGGGUUAUUGGUUUUCAAGCCGGCAUCCUCCCUUCUGAUUGGACAGGAAGGUGUCGGAGAAAACAAGAAGACAGAUCCAACAGCAGUUUGUCUUCCCUCAGUCUCCACUGACUCCGCCGCCUGCUCCCGUAUGCACCACACUGAAGACUGAGAUGUGACUGCUCACAGAAGGAAUACAGCGUGUCUCCCUGGGAUUUCUCUAUUUUAUUCUCUGAUGAUGGAAGCGGACAGGCGUGGAGGGAUCGUGGCCGUGCUGGUCACUUGGGUUGCGCUGGUUCUCUCUGUGAUUACUCUAGUGUGCGCAGUGGAGGAGACAGUGAUGGAUACAAGGACAGCAACAGCUGAGCUUGGCUGGAUAUCGUUCCCCGCCAAUGGAUGGGAGGAGGUGAGCGGCUAUGAUGAAAACCUUAACACCAUCAGGACUUACCAGGUGUGCAAUGUGUUUGAGCCAAGCCAAAACAACUGGCUCCUCACCACGUAUAUCGACCGGCGGAAUGCACAACGCAUCUAUGUGGAGAUCCGCUUCACAGUACGGGAUUGUGCUUCCAUACCAAGUGUUCUGGGCUCCUGCAAAGAGACAUUCAAUCUUUACUACCUAGAAGCUGACAGGACUAUGUCAGAGAGCAUCAAAGGGGUGGAGUAUUGGGCCAAUGCCCCUUUUUUAAAGGUGGACACCAUUGCAGCAGAUGAAAGUUUCUCCCAGGUGGAUUUUGGGGGAAGGCUGAUGAAAGUGAACACAGAGGUUCGAGGUUUUGGACCACUUUCCAAGGGAAAAGGCUUUUACUUGGCUUUCCAGGAUCUGGGUGCUUGUAUGUCCCUUUUGGCAGUAAGAGUUUUCUACAAGAAAUGUCCAAGCAUUGUGCAGAACUUUGCUUUUUUCCCAGAGACACUGACAGGAGCAGAGUCCACAUCCUUGGUUAUCUCCAGAGGAAGCUGUAUUUCAAAUGCUGAGGAGGUAGAUGUGCCUAUAAAGCUCUACUGUAAUGGAGAUGGAGAGUGGAUGGUACCCAUUGGCAGCUGCAGCUGCAAGGCAGGCUAUGAACCCGACAAUGGCAACGUGUGUCGAGCUUGUCCUCAGGGCACCUUUAAGUCAUCCCAGGGGGCAGGAUUAUGUCAGCAGUGCCCGCUCAACAGUCGCUCCACCAUUGAAGCCGCCACCCUCUGUGGUUGUCGGAAUGGAUAUUACCGUGGAGACAUGGACAAACCAGAGGACAUGUGUACCAGCGUUCCUUCUGCUCCUCGCAAUGUGCUCUCAGAGGUGAAUCAGACAUCAGUGAUCUUGGAGUGGAACUCUCCACGCGAUACUGGGCACCGUGAGGAUCUGUCAUAUAACGUGGUGUGCAGGCGGUGCCACAGCAGCGAGCGGCGGGCUUGCCAGCCUUGUGAUGACAGCGUGGUUUAUGCUCCAGGCAAGGAGGCGUUGAAGGAAACAAGGGUCGAGAUCAGCAGGCUUCGUGCUCACACCUCGUACACAUUUGACAUUCAGGCAGUCAAUGGAGUGUCCAAUAAGAGUCCUUACCCUGCCCAACAGCUGUCCAUCAACAUUACAACCAAUCAAGCAGCACCUUCUGAGGUUCCCAUAAUGCACCAAGUGAGCUCAACGAGCCGCAGCUUUUCUCUCUCAUGGCCCCCACCUGAGCAACCCAAUGGGAUCAUCCUUGACUACGAGAUCAGAUACUACGACAAGUUCCAGUCAUCGUUGCUGAACAGCUCAGUGGUCCAGAGUGAUACACCCAACGUUGUCCUUGAGGGCCUGAGGCCUGGCACAGGCUAUGUGGUCCAGGUGAGGGCCCGCACUGUGGCCGGCUACGGAGCCUACAGCAAAGAGAUGCUCUUUCAAACCCUCACUGAUGAUGAGUACAAGUCAGAGCUUGGACAGCAGCUCUAUCUGACUGCAAGUUCUUUAGUAGGUGGAGUGUGUGUCGUCUCAUUGGUAGCUCUUGCCAUCAUAUGCACCAGGAGGAGACAUUUGAAGGAGAGUGUGUAUGGUGACAAGCUGCAGCAGUACAACACAGGAGGAGAAAUAACUCUGAGGCCCGACAUGUUCAGUGGUCCGACCCCCACUGUGACUUUUCCCACCCUAUCUGAGGGUCGCAGUUCACCAGGGGUCAAGAUCUACAUUGACCCUUUUACCUAUGAAGACCCCAAUGAGGCGGUGCGGGAAUUUGCCAAAGAAAUUGACCCUUCCUGUGUCAAAAUAGAGGAAGUCAUCGGAUCAGGUGAGUUUGGGGAGGUUUACAAAGGUCGCCUGAAACCUGUUGGGAAAAAAGAAAUCCCUGUGGCGAUCAAGACGCUUAAGGUGGGCUACUCUGAGCGUCAGAGGAGAGAUUUCUUGGCCGAGGCAUCAAUCAUGGGCCAGUUUGACCAGCCAAAUAUCAUCAGACUGGAGGGCGUGGUCACUAAAAGCAGACCGACGAUGAUCAUCACAGAGUUCAUGGAGAAUGGAGCUUUAGACUCAUUUUUGAGGCAAAAUGAUGGACAGUUUCCUGUAAUCCAGCUGGUCGGCAUGCUGAGAGGCAUCGCAUCUGGAAUGAGGUACCUGGCAGAGAUGAGCUAUGUUCACCGGGACUUAGCAGCACGGAACAUACUGGUGAACAGUAACCUGGUUUGUAAGGUGUCCGACUUCGGCUUAUCGAGGUAUUUGGAGGAGGACACAUCGGACCCCACCUACACCAGCUCACUGGGGGGUAAAAUCCCAGUGCGGUGGACGGCUCCAGAGGCGAUCGCCUACAGGAAAUUCACUUCUGCUUCAGAUGUCUGGAGUUACGGGAUUGUCACCUGGGAGGUGAUGUCGUACGGAGAGAGACCUUACUGGGACAUGAGCAACCAAGAUGUAAUAAAUGCCAUAGAGCAAGACUUCCGGCUGCCAGCUCCCAUGGACUGUCCAGUAGUGCUGCACCAGCUGAUGCUGGAUUGCUGGCAGAAAGACAGAAACACGCGGCCAAAGUUCUCUGAUAUCGUCAGCAUGUUGGACAAAAUGAUCCGUAACCCCGCCUCACUGAAAGCCGGCACCAACAACAUAGCUCCUGGUCCUCCACAUCAUCCCUUGUUAGACCGGGGAGCUCCAGAUCUGAGCAGGCUGAGCUCAGUUGAGGACUGGUUGGCUGCUCUAAAGAUGACCCAGUAUAGAGAUUCCUUCAUCGGAUCCGGGUUCACAUCUUUGCCGCUAGUCACACAAAUCACAGCUGAGGACCUGGACCGGAUUGGAAUAUCUCUUGCUGGACAUCAGAAGAAAAUACUGACCAGUGUGCAAUCAAUGAGGCACCACAAUGAUGACCAGUCCCCGACUGAAUCCGUGUAGCCAUUCAUGGAAAAGCACAAUUUUAAUAGGUUUGAUCGUUGAUUCCCUGAGUGAACAAAAUAAUUUCUCAUUAAUUUAUUUGUUACUAGCCUUUCUCUUACAAUCCUUGAAUCCAAACCUAAAGACUUCAAGAUUGAUCCUGCAUUCGGUGGACAUGUUUCCUCUGGCAUUUAGCCUCUAAAGUUUGAGCACUCCCUUGAAUUUUAUGUACAGGUAUUAUUUGUUAUACAGACUUAAAACAAGAGUGAGCAACACUGUGGAAAAUAGAAAACUAUUCUCCUCAAGGGUAUCUUCUGAAAGAAAAAGCAGAGAAAAAAAAUCACCCAGGUUUCACUUCAGGCUUACUUUGAUUUCAGACACUUAGCUCCACAAGCCAUUUUCAAUCAACUGACUCAUUUAAGGAAGACAGGGUGUGGUUUUUAUAUAUAUAUAUAUGAGAGGAUAAAUCACAGGAACAAAAUACUGUAAAAAGGACCUAGAUGAGGAGACAUUUGUGUGAAUGGAUAAAACGGACUGAAAGCCUGCCAGAAAAUCUUUCUGGAUACAAGAAAAGACCCACAGCAGGCCUUCUUGAUUCCAGUAUGUUGCGUUAUGAGUAUUUAUGUCAUUGUGUUUCUGAAAACUAAGACCAUUUGAAUCUUGAAUGGGAUUUUUUGGAAUCAAUCUUCACAUUGAAGAGUCUGUAAAUAUUGUUAUAUGGGAAUGUCUUCCUUCUUUGUUCACUUGCUUAAACGUUUGCUGUUUUGCAAUUAUUGAAGCAUAUGUGACUAUCUGUUAUUUAUUUUUCAUUUUACUCAUCAUUAGUGCAACCAUUGAAAUGCUGUUGACUGUGAAUCAGAAAGUGACCCACAUAAAAUACAUGAUUCAGAA